AGGCUUGUGUUAUUUGUGAAGGCAGGAGAGUCAGUGGUAGAGUUGUGUUGCUGUUAUCCAAUCAGAGAUGAGAUGUCAGAAUAUCAGGAAAUAAUACUCCAAAUCCUGUCGUCUGAAGCUACUUUCUCCUCCAGCUGACCCAUACUUCCUGAAAAAAAGGGGAUCUGAGCCCGCCCCCCUUGAGUAUGACUGACACCCACUGCAAAUGUAUUAAAGAUCUGAGUAACGUUAACCGUUGAUGCUUGACACUUGUGACAGCUCUGUCCUCUACCUGAGAGGUUGCCAUGCCGUGAUAACAGUGGUCAGGUUUUAAAAAUGGGGUUUCUCUUUAUUCGUUUUCUCCAGACGACCAGUGCUGAGGAUGCAGGUCUCUACUCAGCAUCACUGAUGAAACAUCUGAACCUUCAACGAGGACGGGGUCAGUUCUGUGACUGUGUGCUGAGACAGAACUCAGAUCAGGUGUAUCCUGUACACAGGUGUGUCCUGGCAGCUUCUAGUCCAGUGUUGGCCUCCAUUCUGUCCUCUACUGGUGCCUUGGUGGAACUGCAGGAUCCAUGUCUGUCAGAGUCUGUAAUAGUGUUUCUCCUGGAUUAUAUUUAUACUGGGAUUCUGCCAUCUUCUCUCAGCCAGCAGCAGUACCACAGACUGCUCACUGCUGCACGCCACCUGCAAAUUAAGGAACUGCAGGAGGCUCUCAGGGCAGCUUGGAAACAGUUAAUAGCUGAAGAUAUUUCAAGUAAUGGAGCUGUAAUUCACACCUUUGAUGACCCUCCCUUAAUAUCUCAAACUGUACAGGGCUCGUCUAACGUAGGUGUAUUUGAAGAAGCGCAAAUCAAUUCAGCCGGCCUUGAUUCCAGGUUUAAAGGCGGGGGAAAGGACUGCGAUAGACCAUAUGGAAAGACUUUAAAAAUUCCAAACUCCUCCUGCUCUCUAGAAAGUGUCGACAGAGUUAAUGCACAUGACGCAAAAGAUGUUCCUCAUUUUGCACAAGACUUGAUGCAAAAUGGUUGUGCAUCCUCUGAGGGGUGCGAUUUACCUGGAGCAAACCAAGGAGAGCUCAAAAAUGAAGCUAAAUCAAGCAGUUUUGUAAAUUCAGACAUUCUGCAGAGAUGCACGGAGGGAGAGCUGCCGAGGAAAUCCGAGGGCAGGCGAAGAUCCUCCUCAUCCUCCUCCUCCUCAUCACAUCUGUGGUGUGGCGCAGUACCAGUCAUCCGUUACAGCCGCAGAGCUUCUGUCCUCCAGCUGGCAGAAGCAUGGGAAGUGUCGCAGUUCAUCAGCUCCAACACGACUCCGGUCUCACGCUCCUCCAGCACAGACAACGACAACUCUGUUAAAGGGGUCACCACUAACGAAGCAGGAAGUCAGGAUUCAGGAAACCACAACAAGGAAAAUGUGUGCACCAUUCAUCCUGAUUUGUGUAACAAUUACAGCGGCAGCAUUUCACACCAAUUAAUACCUAACAGCAAUGAGCAGUCCUGCAAAGGCCUCGCCCCCAACACGGACCAUACUGAACAGGCUCUGCAUGAUUCCUCACAGAGUAAAGGUUUAAAGCACCAAAUGGAGAGUGAUUUUGAUCGGUUGCCCUCCAAACUCAGACACCUGGAUUGUUAUGAGUGGAACGUUUCACCCACAAGAGAAGCAAAGGAACAAAUUAAAAACUGGGGGCUUGUGGAUCCUUUUCCUGUGCAGGAUUCAGAAACAGGAAGCGAUUCUUGCAGUGAAGAUAGUCUCGAGGUGGAAGCGAAAGAGGAACACGAUUUCUCUGGCAAAUUCCUCUUAGAAACAGAUACACAGGACAACCGCUGUGACCUGAAUGGACCUGAAACAAACUGGUACCCAAGCAAAAGGGAAACUAUCUCCAUCCAACAGGAAAAUAAACCAAACAGCACAUCUAACGCACCAGAAGCUGGUCUGGACGAUGCUCCAGGGCCCAGAAACAGCACAAGCACUAAGAGCACAGAGUCAUGUUCAUAUGUAGAGGACAUUUAUGGAACUAUUGAUCAGCGUUGCUAUGGAAACCUUCAUUCUGAGUGGCUCCCACAUCCGGAUGCACACUUAUCAGCCGACAGACACUCAAAACCAGUCUCCAGUCAUAACUCUGGUGACUCAAGUGAUGAGGGAGAGGCUGGUUCCUCUGCUGUUUCACCGCCACAUGGACCGGACUCUGUACAAACCUCCAUGCCGCCCACCUCGUCAGUUUGCAAACCUUUGGGCCUUCCAGCUGACAGGUCUGCUCACCUGUCCUCUCCUAACCACCAACCGUUGCAGUGCUCCCUGUGCGAUCGCUCCUUCAGCCAGCGAGGCUCUCUAAACAGACACGUUCGAAGCCAUCUUGGCGUCCGGCCCUUCCCCUGCCCUCGCUGCCCCAUGACUUUCUCACGCCAGUACCGUGUCACUGAGCACAUGCGUGUUCACCUGCGCUGUCCCCUCGGGAAUGGCCACCAAAAAACCUCAGACUCUUUUAUUAAAGGCCACGAGGAAAGACCACAAAACUGACAGGAUUUUUUUCACUGAAAGAUAGCUUAAACAACUGAAGUUUGCAGAAUUUUAUAGAACUUUAAGCUGAGAUUUUCAGGUCUGAAUCGUUUAAAACGCUCUUUAAAAUGCCACUUUGGUUUGAAAGUUUGUUUAAACCGGAAAUGUUCCCUUGUAGCUUUCCUUCGUGAGUCGGUGUGUUAAAGAUGUGUUGUAACUCCUUUUUACAGAUUACUUUUUUACUAUCGCAACAAACACAGGCAGCUAAUCAGACUUUGUAAUGCACCGAUUCUCCCGAACCUCUGCAGACAGAAACAGUUAGCCUUCAUCUUGUGAUCAUUUAAAACAAUUAGCAGCUAAUGAACGUUGUUUUCUUCCUCUAGAAAUUUACUGAGACCAAAGUGUCACACCCUGUCCUGUCUCCCCAUUUGGUUCAGCCUGCCAUUUGGUUAACUGCUCCCACCUGCCUCUUGUUUUCCAAUCACCCAAGCUCCCAGCCCUCUUGUAUUUAAACCCCUUCUGUUCUGUGGAUCAUUUCAUUGUCCUGCGUGUCCUCCAUUAAAUCAGUGUUUUAAAUGUUCCUGGCUGCCUCCCUGCCUGUUUCUUCCCCUGCACUUGGAUCCUCACCUCCGUCUCACUCACCGGCACGUUGUGACAGAAUGAACCAACCCUGUAAAGGAUCCAGGGGGGAGGUUCUUCCUUGGGAGUGUUUGCUCCAGUUUUUAACCGCGGAUCACCGGCCGGCUUCUCCUCCUCUGGCCUCGCCGCAGACGCCGUCGCCGAACCCCGGCUGCAACGAUCCCCUCCGCCCUCCCGGAGCUAGAUGUGAGGUUGGACCAGGAGACACAGCUAGACCGCUCCUGCUACGUGGGCACUAGACUGGCUGGCCCACGGCGUUGGGAAGCAGGCAGGCAGGCAGACAAACCAGUACGAGUAAAAGUAUUUAAUGAUCACACGCUGGACAAUGAAACAAUGAUCCACAAAGAGACACAGAACUGAAGGGAUUUAAAUACAAGAGGGCUGGGAGCUUGGGCGAUUGGAAACGAGAGGCAGGUGGGAGCAAUUAACAGAGACGCAGGCUGAACCGAAUGGGGAGACAGGACAGGGUGUGACACAGAGAUAGUUAUUAUAAUUACCAACCUGUAUUCUAAAGGUAGCUAAAGAGUGUCAGCGUUGCACCAACAGCUUCUAUUAUAUAAAAUAAGCUUCAAAAUAAUGUUUGUGUUAACAUGUUUUUAAUGACUUCUGGCUGCAGAACUCAACACGAUAAAACUGACCCCUGCUAAAAGAAAACAAUAAGGUGGCACGUGCAUGCUUAUAAGGGUUAAGAGAAGCUUGUGUCCAUCUUAUAUUAUUAUACAGUGUGAUGCAGAGUGAGGGUUAUACAACUUUAUCACAAACUAAUAAAAAAAACAAUAAUUUAAUGUUUAAAUUUGGGAAGUUAUUUUUCUUCUGCUGAUGACUGAUGCAAGUGGUCUAAAUAAAAGGCAGGUGACUGUUUUCUUGCUCGUAUAGUUUGUCUCUUUGAUUUCUUCAUGCCAGCUUUUAUUCUUAUAUUUAUUCUUACUUUAAUGGCCAAGUCAUCCUAUUUACAAGCUGACUUCGUUCCACAGAGUUUAGCUGUGAGUCUGUAACGCGUUUCUGUAUAAACUCUUGUCUGGACAAAUGUUUGAGCAUCAUCCUCUGGGCUGUUGCUGAUGUUAGUGAGGCCUUACAGAGUUCUGUGAAUGACCCGUUUUAUCUUUGCAAAUUAAAAUGCUUUUCAAUGUUUGGAAAGUUGAAUAAAAAUGCUAGUUUCAUGUUGGUGCUUGACAUCACAUCUCAA